AUGCUCAACUCAAAGAACAUUUCCAACCUGUUGUCGCAGGUGCUAGAGCCUGUUCUCGAAAUUACAAGCUCGAAGCCCUACUCGAUUUCGCUUUUAUCGACGUCCUCCAAAAAACCGCUUGUCUCAUGCUUCCAGAACACACUUGACGAAGACACGAAAGGCGACGAUAAUGAUUUCCUUAAUGCUGGCAUAACUCCAUCGGACAACUUGCGAAUUAUGUCCCUUACAAGUUUGAAGGCAUGGGAACAGCGUACAAAUUCUGAACAUGACUGGCUCGUGAUACGCUUCAAUUCGUAUUAUAUCUACCUGUACAAGAUCAACGACGAAUACCUGGUAAUGCUUUGCUGCGAUUUACAAUAUCCAAAGGUGUUGGCCAUCAAAAAGUUAGAGAAGCUGAGCGAGGCCAUGAAGGAUAAACUGUGA